CCUGCUGUGAGAGGGGAAUGGGCUGCCAGCUAUAGCAGGAGCUGCAGGAGCUGUGUGGGUUUUUUUCCGAGGGUUUCUGUGUGGUAGGUGAAGAGCUGGGUGUUUGCUGUGGGGAGCAGCAUUCAGUAAUAUUUUAGAUAAGGUAAUUUAGGAGGAAAAUGUCAGCUUUCUCCGAGUCAGCUUUGGAGAAAAAAUUGUCAGAACUUAGCAAUUCUCAGCAGAGCGUCCAGACCCUGUCUCUGUGGUUAAUCCACCACAGAAAACACUCCAAAACCAUCGUCAGAGUUUGGUUUAGCGAGCUGAGGAAAGCCCAGGUUCCUCGCAAACUGACCUUCCUUUAUCUUGCAAACGAUGUCAUCCAGAACAGUAAGAGGAAAGGACCAGAGUUUACAGAUGACUUUGCCCCAGUCAUUAUUGAUGCCUUUAAACAUGUUUCUAGUGAAGGAGAAGAUGGCUGUAAGAAGCAGUUGGAUCGGGUUCUGUCCAUCUGGCAAGAGAGAGCAGUGUAUGAGAAUGACGUGCUGGAAAAACUCACAGAGGUGUUACAUGGAGAAAAGAAGGCCAAGAAGCGGCCAUAUGAGCAGAUUAAAGCACGCGAUGAAGACUUUGCCUCUCGAAGCUCCCCAGCAGAACCUCCACAGACAGCAGAUUUGAUCCGGGCAUUGCAGGAGCUGGAGAAUGCUGCGUCGAGCGACUCGGCUCUGCGUCAGAGGAUUUCUGCCUUACCCCCUGAGGUGCAGGACUCCUCCCUGCUGCACAGAGUCACAGAUAAGGAGUCUGGAGAACGGCUGUCCAGGCUGGUGGAGGAGGCUUGCAUGAUGCUAGCGGACUACAGCGGGCGUCUGGCGGCCGAGAUCGAUGACCGGCGACAGCUCACACGACUACUGAGUCUCUUUCUACAGAGCCAGCGGGAUGGCCUAGCCAAGAACGAACAGAAACUAGAAGAGUACAAACGGAAACUGGCACAGGUGUCGCAGGUGCGCAAGGAGCUCCGAUCUCGCCUCAGUAGCCUUCCGGACCUUUCCCGGCUUCCCAGUGUAACGGGGGGCCAUGUCCACCUGCCCUCUUCUGGUGAUCUCUACAGCCCAUCUGACUGUGUGUCUUCAGGGGACAUGGUGCUGAAGGACAGUAAGCACUGUCAUGACAGCAGUCGUGCCUUUGAGGACAGAGAGAAGGAGAAGAAAGUGGCCAGGAAGCGUCUCUACAUCGUCUCGGUGGUCUGUCUGGUCUUCAUGGUGGGAGAGAUCUUAGGUGGGUACUUUGCUGGUAGUCUGGCUGUGAUGACGGAUGCUGCCCACCUGCUGGUGGACUUUACCAGUUUCAUCAUCAGCCUGUGCUCCCUGUGGCUGUCAUCCAGGCCUGCUACACACACACUCAACUACGGCUGGCAUCGAGCAGAGAUCCUGGGCGCUCUCCUUUCCGUCUUCACCAUCUGGUUGGUGACUGGUGUGCUGGUGUACUUGGCAGUAGAGCGUCUUAUCAGUGAUGAUUAUGAAAUCGAGGGCACUGUCAUGCUCAUCACCUCUGGCUGCGCUGUGCUGGCCAACAUCAUAAUGGCUCUCACUUUGCACCAGUCAGGACAUGCCCACAGUCAUGGUGGCCUCAGCUCUCAAGGACAUGGUCACAGCCAUAGUGGUGCCCACAGCCAUGAGAAGAAGAAUGGUCACUCCCAUGCAUAUGCUAAUGGUGACUCCCACAAUCCGGAAAACAAAACGACUGGAAAGAAGACUCAGGAGAAUGCCAGUGUGAGGGCAGCCUUCGUGCAUGUGAUCGGUGACCUUCUGCAGAGCAUCAGUGUACUCGUUAGCGCCCUCAUCAUCUUCUUCAGGCCUGAGUACAAGAUGGCAGAUCCAAUCUGCACCUUCCUGUUCUCACUGUUCGUCCUGGGCACCACCUUCACCAUCAUGAGGGACAUCCUGGUGGUCCUAAUGGAAGGAACUCCAGCAGGUGUGGACUAUAGGGAGGUGAGAGAGCGACUGCUCUCUGUGAAGGGAGUAAAAGCAGUCCACAACCUGCACAUCUGGGCCUUGACCAUGAACCAGGCUGUUCUCUCUGCCCAUGUGGCUAUAGACGACGCCACAGAGCCGCAGGUUGUGCUGAGAGAGAUCACCCAGUCCUGCUUCACCACUUACAGCUUCCACUCCGUCACCAUCCAGCUGGAGCAACAGGAGGACCAGAGGCCUGACUGCACCCUCUGUCAGGACCCCAAAAACUGAAGCCCCCCUGCUCAAAUUCACCCUCCCCCAACCCUCGAGCCAAGAAAGACAAGAAACCAGUGCAGCACAGUUAGGAUCUUAUGCAAUGCAUGCUUCACUUUACAUGUUUGCCAGUCAGACCAGAGACUCAGUGGGCUGCUCAGUCUUGGACCUUGGACCACUCUGUUUCUUGCUUGAGUUUAUCAGUGGGAGAUUUAUGCCAAAGUCUUAUGAUUACCAGGUUACAAAACAGGAGAUUAGGGAGGUUGUGCCUUAUCCUACUUGGAAAAUAACACAUACACAAAAUUACAGAAACAUUGUACUGUAUUACCAUAUGUAUUAUUUACUGUAUGUAUUUUUAUUGAAAUAUGUAAUAUUGUCCCUCACUAGAGGGGAUCAUUUGUUUUAGAAGAGUAUUUUGAGUUUAAAUGCAUUUACACUCAUUGCCAAAAAUAUAAUGCACCAAGAAGGAGUUGUUGGAAUAAAGUGAAACUUUUUAUGUUUGAAAGUUGGGAUGAUGGUUGGGCAUAAAGGCAUACAGGUUCCAUAUGGUAUCCUGAUCUACAGGGCCUGUAGAUUCUACAAUUUCCUGGCAGUGUAAUUACAGUGCGUGGCAGUGGAUAAAAUAGCUAUUUUAUUAAACGCAAGGUGAUGAAACUCAGAGAUGUGAGUCCAAACAGGACUAAAAUUACUGGACAACCACAAAGUUCAGCAAAAAACAGUAGGUAAUUCAGCCUUUAAUUUUCUCAGAUGAUGUCUGAGAAAAACACAUACAUGGUCAAUCCGGACGGGAUUAAAAAGAGAAAAAUUUCCCAGGAUCCCCUGAGAAAAUAAUGCUAUCCAGAUGCAUGUCUAGUAGUUACUGAUCUCUCACCAAGAGGGACACACCUGUAUUCCUUUGCAUAUCUGCAUAUCAGAGACAUAACUACCAAAUGCCAAAUCUGACAUUCUAUUUUUGAUAAUGAGUGUAUUUACAUGAAAGUAUACAAAUUAUGUAUCUGAAUUUUUGUAAAGAAAAACACAAUCUGUAUUUGCGAUAUCUGUCACAUGAUGCCUCCUUAUGUAAGUCAGUUUCUAUUAAAAGCAGCAGAGUUGUACAAAA